CACAUCGCAUGAAGUCUGUCUCCAUGGCGAAGUUUACUUCACAAGAGAUUGAAGCACUUCAAAACGAUGGUAACCAGCUUGCACGAGAGUUGUUUGAUAAAAAAGCCUGGAGAAGCCCUUGCUGAUGGGGACUCAAUAAAUUCUGAGUACUUGAAGUGGGGAAAUGAAGUUGAAGAGUUGGGCGGUACUCUUAGUGGAAAAUUAAGACUUGGUUGUAUGACCAUAUGGGCUCCAGGGUUGACUAUGAUGCACCUGGACAGGGGUGCACUAGAAUGCUCUACAAUGCUGAUGGAAGCAUACUAUUCUCUUGUGGAACAAGUAAAGAUGCUGACUCUUUCCUAGUUGAAUGGAAUGAAACUGAAGGAGCAAUAAAGAGGACAUAUUCUGGAUUUAGAAAGAUAUCUGUUGUUAAAUACAUUCCUUAUGAGAAAUAUUUUUUUGCUCACUAUCUGUUUGACAUAUUACCACUUAAAAUGGUUUUUGAGCCUUUUGAUAGAGGAAAUGAAGGAAAUCUUGUGGAAAGAGAUUGUGAUGGCCAAGGUUCUGUCUGGUGGAAUGAGUUUAGUUUUCAUUCCCUAAAUCAUAGCCGACCACAUUUGGUGGAAUUUAUUGACUCUGAUGAGCUAAUGAUAUUCGUGCAUGAUGCUGGUGGAAUCCUACCUGUAAUUAACCAUUCGCCUUGGGAUGGUUUAACACUUGCAGAUUUUGUCAUGCCAUUUUUCCUCUUUAUUGUUGGUAUUUCACUUGCACUUAUCGACAAGAAUUUGUCAUGCAGAGCUGUUGCAACUAGAAAAACAAUACCACGGGCUCUAAAGCUUUUAAUGUUAGGCCUGUUUCUUCAAGAUGGCUUCUUCCAUGGCCUUAAUGAUUUAACUUAUGGGGUGGAUAUUGAACAUAUGAGAUGGAUGGGUAUACUACAUAGAAUUGCAAUAGCGUAUCUACUGGCAUCAUUGUGUGAGAUUUGGCGGAAGGGUGAUGUAUAUUGCAGCAAUAGCCAUAAUAGGGUGCUCUCUGCUGGUUCUGAUGGCCAGGUUAUUUUAUAUAAGCUCUCUAGUGAGACAGUGGAGCCUAAUAUUACAAAGUAG